AAUAGUAACUGGAGAGUGGUGUCUGUUUGUCUCAAUAUCAAACGGAAGCGCUAUUAGGUGGAUAUUUUUAAUAUAAAUAGGAGAGCUCACUUCCCUCAUUUUCAGCACAUUAAUAGAGCAUGAGACAACUUUAAUUUCCCCCACGCCCUCUUCUUACCUUUCCCACACAAAACUGUCUUUUCUUUUGCUUCAUUUUUAUUAAUCUCUUGAAAAAAAAAUAUAUAUAGAAAACUAGAAUUGAAUUGAAGUUGUUAAUUAAAUAUAUGGAGAUGGAGGCAGGCAGAGAAGACAACAAUAUUAAUAAUUGUGAUCAAGAGCUCAUCAAUAGUACUACAAGUGUUGAUUGGAGAGGAAGACCUUCAAAUCCAAUCAAACAUGGUGGAAUGAAAGCUGCUGCCUUUGUUCUUGGUUUGCAAGGAUUUGAGAUAAUGGGAAUAGCAGCAGUUGGGAAUAACCUUAUAACAUAUGUUAUAAAUGAGAUGCACUUUUCAUUGUCAGAAUCAGCAAAUAUUGUGACAAACUUUAUUGGCACUAUUUUCAUCCUUUCAUUGCUUGGAGGCUAUCUAUCCGACUCUUAUCUUGCUUCCUUCUGGACCAUCCUCAUAUUUGGCUUUAUUGAACUUUCGGGUUUCAUAUUACUAUCAGUACAAGCUCAUCUACCACAGCUAAAGCCACCAAAAUGCAACAUGCUAACAGAUGGAGAUCAAUGUGUAGAGGCAAAAGGCUUGAAAGCCUUGAUAUUCUUUGUGGCAUUGUAUUUGGUGGCAUUAGGGAGUGGAUGUGUGAAGCCAAAUAUGAUAGCCCAUGGUGCUGACCAAUUUAAUCAAGAAAAUCCAAAGCAGUCAAAACAACUUUCAAGAUAUUUCAAUGCUGCUUAUUUUGCAUUUUCAAUGGGUGAAUUAAUUGCACUUACAAUACUUGUUUAUGUGCAAACACAUUCUGGAAUGGAUGUUGGAUUUGGUGUCUCAGCUGCUGCUAUGGCUUUGGGAUUAAUUUGCUUAGUUUGUGGCACUCUUUUUUACACAAAUAAACCUCCUCAAGGAAGCAUUUUCACUCCCAUUGCACAGGUAUUGGUGGCAGCAUUUUUAAAUAGAAAACUUGUUUCUCCAUCAGAUGCACGUAUGCUUCAUAGGACCCACCCCACCAAGGCUCCUCCUAAUGCCAAUCCCAUCAUUCUUCUCCACACAAAUAGAUUCAGGUUCUUGGACAAGGCUUGCAUAAAAAUACAAGGAGAAAAUACCACAAAAGAGAUAAGUGGAUGGAGACUUUGCACAGUAACACAAGUAGAGCAAGUGAAGAUCCUUAUUUCAGUCCUUCCCAUAUUUGCUUGCACUAUAAUUUUCAAUACCAUUUUAGCACAGCUUCAAACAUUUUCAGUCCAACAAGGAAGUACCAUGAACACUAAACUAACUAAAAACUUCCAUAUCCCUCCAGCUUCCCUUCAAUCAAUCCCUUACAUAAUGUUGAUCUUCAUAGUACCUCUCUAUGACACAUUCUUUGUCCCAUUUGCUAGAAAAUUCACCGGUCAUGAUUCAGGCAUCACACCUCUACAACGCAUAGGUGUUGGUUUAUUCUUUGCGACUUUCUCCAUGGUAUCAGCAGCCUUAAUGGAAAACAAACGUAGAAUUUCCAUGGUGGAUUCGAACGAAACGAUAUCGAUAUUUUGGAUCACGCCACAAUUUUUGAUAUUUGGAAUAUCAGAAAUGUUCACUGCAGUUGGACUAAUUGAGUUCUUCUACAAACAAUCCUCAAAAGGGUCAAUGCAAUCAUUUUUAACAGCCAUUACAUAUUGUUCAUACUCAUUUGGGUUUUACUUAAGCUCACUUCUUGUUUCUUUAGUGAACAAAAUCACUUCAUCUCAUCAUGGUGGUGGCUGGCUUAGUGACAACAAUCUCAACAAAGACAGGCUUGAUCUUUUCUAUUGGUUGCUAGCAAUUCUGAGUUUACUCAAUUUCCUCAAUUAUCUAUUUUGGGCUAAAUGGUAUUCCAAAAAUGCAUCUUCAUCAGCAACAACAAAUCAAGGAUUCAAUUCCAAAGUUGUUGGAAAUGAUGGCAUAGUUUAAUUUAGUGGAAUAUUAUAAAUUAUUAUGUACUUCUAGCUAGGGGAAUAAUUUAUUGUCUCUAAAUCCUAGCUAGCUCUCUAAGGUGCCUAUGGCAAUUAUGGGGAUACAUAUAAUUAACUCUACUACUUAGGUGAUGUUGGAAUAUAUAUGUAAAAUGUCUAUUAUAAGUGUUCCACUAAUUAUGGAGGUAUUAUGUUAUUGGUUGGUUA